AUGUUCUGCAACCGUUUUUUGGAAUAUGCUCAUGGAAAUCCAUUAACUCUCAUAGCUAUAGGUUCUUUCUUACGUGAUAAACCCAUCAAGGAAUGGAAGAAUACUUUGCGUAUACACAAAGAUAUACUCAAUGUACUUCAUAGCAGUUAUGAUUCACUAGAUGAGGAAUUGAAAGAAAUGUUCUUAGAUAUUGCAUGCUUUUUCAAUGGGAAGAAAGUAGAUCGUGUUCUGGAAGUACUAGAUUGUUGUGGCUAUCACGCCAAAAUUGGGAUGGCAAUCCUCAUCGACAAGUCUGUUGUCACCGUUUCAAACAACAUCUAUGGUUGCCUGAAUGGGUACAACAAAUUGGCCGGCAAAUUGUUCACAAGGAAAGCCCUAGAAGGCCUGGUUUUCAGUAAUUUGAAGUUCAUCAAACUCAGUCACUCCCAAAACUUGAUAAAGACUCCAAACUUUACAUGGGUUCCCAAUCUGGAGAGAUUAGUUCUUGAAGGGUGUAGAAACUUAGUUGAGGUUCACCCUUCCAUUGGAAGUCUUACAAAACUUCGUUUAUUGAAUUUGAAAGAUUGUUCAAGUCUUAGAAGUCUCCCAGAUUUCAUUUCAAUGGAAUCUCUUGAAAUUUGUGUGCUUUCAGGCUGCUCAAGUCUCGAAAAAAUUCCAAAUGUGGUUGGAAAUAUGGGAAACUUGUCACAAUUUUAUUUGGAUGGGUGUGGAACAACAACCAAAAACCAAUCCAAAUCAACAUUCCAACAUCUUGGUGACCAUCAAUUGAAUAUCAGAAAGUGGAAUAAUCUUGGCUGUUUACUUUUCAACAUCCCAAAUGUAACAAAACUAUGUUUAAGAAACCGUGACUUACCAGAAGGAGCUAUUCCUAGGGAAAUCAACUGCUUAACUUCAUUGCAGGUGUUCGAUGUAGGCAGAAACAAGUUUAUCAACCUAACUGAUAGAAUUAGCCAGCUUGCUAAGCUAAAAUUUCUUGGAUUGGCACACUGCAAUCUUCUUCAAACUAUACCAGAACUUCCCUCCAGUAUAGAAUAUGUGGAGGCAAGAGACUGUUCUUCCCUGGUGACUCUGCCAAAUGCAUUCAACGAAAGAACUUGCACAGAUUUGGCACAACAAGCUGAAACAGAAUAA